AUGGACCGACAAAGGUCCUGGGGUAGACUACGCCCCUUCGCCGUCUUAUUCACCUCAAAAAGCCAUUUAGGCCUCUCCGUGGCGGGCAGAGGUCUGCGCAAUCUUGUUGCCAUGACUCAAGCAUUCGCCGCUGUAGCAGAUAGACGUUUAUGUGCAGAUACGUCCAGACAGGAUUAUCAGUCAUCUCGUCUGGAACCUUGCUCAAUAAGCCCUUAUUUGAAUGCGUCAUUCAUUGACGAACUACCAUUUACAAUUGCAAGGGUACCACUGCACAAGGUCAGAGGCGGACCGCCAAGAAAGACGUCUAAGCUGCAAGAGGGACAAGACGAAGAUCACAUAUGCUGUACUAUGUACGAAGGCAUUUCUGUGCUUCAUACCGAAGCCGUAAGAUCAACACCAACCAAAACUUAG